AUGGCUGCGGUUCCGUCUGAGAACGGCGUGGACGGAGAUGAUGAGAGGGAGGAAGGAGAAGAAGAGGAGGAGGAAGAGGAAGAUGAAGAACACGUGGAUGAGUCUGAGGAGGAGCCACGUCUCAAAUACCAGCGGAUGGGCGGCAACGUACCUGCGUUGCUAUCUAACAACGCUGCUUCCUGCAUCGCCGUAGCCGCGCGGAUGAUCGCGCUUGGUACGCACGACGGAACCGUUCAUAUCCUCGAUUUCCUCGGGAAUCAGAUUAGAGAAUUUCGUGCCCACACUGCUCCGGUUAACGACCUCAGCUUCGACUCUGAGGGAGAGUAUAUCGGAAGCUGUUCAGACGAUGGGUCUGUCGUUAUAAACAGCCUUUUCACUGAUGAUGAGAGGAUGAAAUUUGAUUAUCAUCGCCCCAUGAAGGCCAUUUCCUUGGACCCAGACUACGCCAGAAAGCAAUCAAAGAGAUUUGUAGCUGGUGGCUUGGCUGGUCACUUGUAUAUGAACUCCAAGAAGUGGCUCGGUUUUAGAGACCAGGUGCUGCAUUCUGGUGAAGGUCCAAUCCAUUCUGUGAAAUGGAGAGCAAGUCUCAUCGCCUGGGCUAAUGAUUCUGGUGUUAAAGUUUAUGAUACAGCCAAAGAUCAGCGUGUUACAUUUAUUGAAAGACCUCGGGGAAGUCCUCGGCCUGAGGCUUUGCUUCCCCACUUGGUUUGGCAGGAUGACACUCUGCUUGUGAUUGGUUGGGGAACAUCUGUUAAAAUUGCUUCGAUUAAACCAGACCAGCAAAAACCAGCAUAUAGGCACCUUCAGAUGUCUAGUAUAACGCAAGUGGAUAUUGUGGCAUCUUUUCAAACCAGCUACUACAUUUCAGGGAUUGCUCCCUUUGGUGAUUCUAUAGUUAUUCUUGCUUAUAUACCUGUUGAAGAAGAUGGUGAGAAGGAAUUUAGCAGCACCACUACUCUAUCGCGUCAGGGAAAUGCCCAGAGACCUGAAAUACGCAUUGUUUCAUGGAACAAUGAUGAACUUACAAUGGAUGCUCUUCCUGUACAUGGCUUCGAGCAUUACAAGGCGAAAGACUAUUCCCUUGCACAUUCUCCUUUUCCAGGUAGUAGCUACGCUGGGGGACAGUGGGCUGCUGGUGAUGAACCACUGUACUAUAUUGUUUCUCCAAAGGAUGUUGUGAUUGCAAAACCCAGGGACGCUGAAGACCACAUUAACUGGCUUUUGCAACAUGGAUUCCACGAGAAAGCCCUAGCAGCUGUGGAGGCUGGUGACGGACGAACCGAACUAAUUGAUAAGGUUGGUGCUGGGUAUCUUGAUCAUUUGAUUGUGGAAAGAAAAUAUGCCGAAGCAGCAUCUUUAUGCCCAAAAUUGUUACGAGGGUCUGCUUCAGCCUGGGAGAGGUGGGUUUUCCAUUUUGCUCAACUACGCCAGCUACCUGUACUUGUUCCAUUCAUGCCGACGGAUAACCCGAGGCUUAAGGAUACUGUGUAUGAGGUUGCUCUCGUGGCACUGGCAACCAACCCAUCAUACCACAAGGAGCUUUUGUCAACUGUUAAAUCUUGGCCACUUUCAGUAUAUUCUUCUUUGCCUGUUAUCUCAGCAAUAGAGCCUCAGCUGAACACAUCUUCAAUGACCGAUGCCCUUAAAGAGGCGCUGGCAGAGCUGUACGUGAUUGAUGGACAGUUUAAGAAAGCCUUUUCCCUAUAUGCUGAUCUUCUCAAACCAGAAGUGUUCGACUUUAUUGAGAAAUACAGCUUGCAUGAGGCUAUUCGUGGAAAGGUUGUUCAGUUAAUGUUGCUAGAUUGUAAGCGUGCCACUGCCUUAUUUAUUCAAAAUAGGGAACUGAUUGCUCCAUCUGAAGUUGUUCCGCAACUUCUGAAAGCUGGCAACAAAUGCGAUUCAAGAUUGUACUUGUACUUAUACCUGCACGCAUUAUUUCAAGUCAGCCCAGAUACUGGGAGGGAUUUUCAUGAUAUGCAGGUAGAACUAUAUGCGGAAUACGAUACUAAGAUGCUGCUUCCAUUCCUACGUAGCAGUCAACAUUACAAGUUAGAAAAGGCAUAUGAACUUUGUGUCAAGAAAGAUCUAUUAAGAGAGCAAGUGUUUAUCCUGGGGAGGAUGGGAAAUGCAAAACAAGCUCUUGCCGUCAUCAUAAAUAAACUGGGCGAUAUAGAAGAGGCUGUGGAAUUUGUGUCCAUGCAGCACGAUGAUGAUCUAUGGGAAGAGCUGAUUAAACAAUGUCUAAACAGGCCCGAGAUGGUGGGCUUGCUGUUGGAGCACACGGUUGGCAACCUGGACCCUCUUUACAUUGUAAAUAUGGUCCCAAAUGGCUUGGAAAUACCACGGCUAAGGGAUCGAUUGGUCAAAAUCGUAACAGAUUACAGAACUGAGACAUCUCUUAGACACGGUUGUAAUGACAUUCUCAAGACGGACAUUGUUAAUCUUCUAGUCAAGUGCUUCAACGAGGCGAGACGCGGGGUCUGCUUAAGCAACGAGGAAGACGAUUCCCGUGCAAAAAGAGAAGACAAUAACAGAUCAUUCUCACAGAGAGUGGUAGUAGGUAAAUCUCUGAGCAUGAAGAUGACAGAGGUGAAGUCGAAGACACGAGGGGACACACGGUGUUGCAUGUGCUUUGACCCGGUCUCGAUAAGAGGGGACACCGUGGUGGUCUUCUUUUGCUGCCAUGCUUACCACAUGACGUGCCUCAUGGAUGCUGCCUUCAGCAGCAGCAAUGACAAGACAAGCAAAGGUUCUUCGGGGUAUGAAUACGGCUAUGAUAACGGUGUGGAUGAUGAGGAGGAUGAGGAUGAGGAAGAAGAUGGCGAUGGUGGUGGGGACAGGCCUGGACGUUCGCGUUUACGAUGCAUAUUAUGUACUACUGCCGCUGCUGCGUCCGCUCGGUAG